CGACAAUUGGUAAAGGAAUUCGACGGCGAUCGCGGACAUGCUGCUUCGACGUCUGCUGCCCGUGGCCGCGGCAUGGAACCGCCGCUAUUUCUCGGACUUCCUGCCUGACCUCAUCAUCACGAAGUCAACGUCCACGCAACUGAAUGCUUUGAACCGGAAUUCACCGACAAAGAAGCAUUUGCGCGUGGCAGUUGAGGGCGGAGGCUGCUCCGGGUUUCAAUAUGUGAUCACUCUGGAAGAUGCACCUCUGGACGACGACGACCGUGUGUUCGAAAAGGACGGGGCCAGGAUCGUGGUUGACUCGACUUCGAUGGACUUGCUGAAAGGUAACCCUCGGUGGCCCUCUGAAAUAUAGGCUGGUUUGAAGCUCAAGGAACGCUUUAUGUGCGCAGGUAGCACCGUGGAUUUUGCACAAGAGCUGAUCCGCAGUUCGUUCACUGUGAUCAACAACCCGAACGCUGUCAGCGGGUGCGGGUGUGGAAGCUCGUUUGAAUUGAAAGAAUAAUACGUUUUGUAUGCAGUGGAUUGUGCAUACUUCAUCGGCUCGAUCAGUCCCAAUGUGGACCAUGGUGCACCAUCGCGAUACUUACCUCCGUCCCUCGGA